AAUGGUUAAAGAUUAGCUCCAGCGCGGGGCCGCAACGCCUCCCGACCCGGCACCUGCAUUCCACAGCCCGACAGUUUCCUGAGCAGAGCGGAUUUUCAGAUAGGAUUAGAUAGAAAAAAACGAACUAAUGUGGGUGAAGAAGAGGAUGUGACAACUGCCGAGUGUGUGUCUACUGCCUUGGGGAGGCCCUGGCACUUGCACCUGCCCCUCUCCGUCUCCGCGGCCAGGCGCAGUUGUCGAACUGGGAGAGCUGAGAGAGCAGAGCGACGCACUGUAUACUUGCCAGGCAGAGCAGAGAGGAGAGCGCGGAUCCUCAGCCUGUACACGGAGGGACACAGAACCAGGGCAACAUGACUUCAUCCUACAAUCUGGAUUUCCUGCCCGAUAUGAUGGUGGAGAGCCGCUUGCUGGUUCCGGGCGAUAGAAUUAACGGCACGGCCGGGAAGAUGAACGGUGCGUUGGAGCAUUCGGACCAGCCCGACCCAGAUGCCAUCAAGAUGUUCGUGGGCCAGAUCCCUCGCUCCUGGUCAGAGAAGGAGCUGAAGGAGCUGUUUGAGCCCUACGGCGCUGUCUAUCAGAUCAACAUCCUCCGAGACCGCAGCCAGAACCCUCCACAGAGCAAAGGGUGCUGUUUUGUCACGUUUUACACACGGAAAGCUGCCCUUGAAGCCCAGAACGCACUGCAUAACAUAAAGACCUUAACAGGGAUGCACCAUCCCAUUCAGAUGAAGCCUGCAGACAGUGAGAAAUCAAACGCGGUGGAGGACAGGAAGCUGUUCAUCGGCAUGGUGUCGAAGAAGUGCAAUGAGAACGACAUCCGAGUCAUGUUCUCUGCGUUCGGACAGAUCGAGGAGUGCCGGAUCUUGCGAGGGCCCGACGGUCUCAGCAGAGGCCUCAGCCAGCGGGAAGCCAACGUUAAGGGAUGUGCGUUUGUCACGUUUUCUACCAGGGCUAUGGCACAGAAUGCAAUCAAAGCCAUGCACCAGUCUCAGACUAUGGAGGGCUGCUCGUCUCCCAUCGUGGUGAAGUUUGCCGACACGCAGAAGGACAAGGAGCAGCGGCGCCUGCAGCAGCAGCUGGCUCAGCAGAUGCAGCAGCUCAACAACGCCACCACCUGGGGGAGUCUGACAGGGCUGGGCGGCCUCACCCCGCAGUAUCUGGCUGUAAGAGGACACGCCGCGUCGCCCACCCCUUACUGCAGCCCCGCAGCCAACGCAUCCGUCGCCGCCGCAUUGCUCCAGCAGGCCACCUCCUCCAGUAACCUUGGAGCCUUCAGUGGUAUCCAACAGAUGGCAGGUAUGAGUGCUCUGCAGUUGCAGAACCUGGCCACUUUAGCAGCGGCGGCAGCGGCGGCCCAAAACUCAGCCGGCCCCAACGCAAACCCCCUGUCCUCCAACGUGGCCUCCCUCGGAGCGCUGGCCAGCCCAGCCAACUCCUCGGGCAUGAACUCUCUGACCUCUCUGGGCACUCUGCAGGGCCUGGCUGGCGCCACCAUGGGUCUGAACAACAUUAAUGCACUAGCAGGUAGCGUCAACAGUAUGGCGGCCCUGAACGGAGGCCUGGGCGGCGCGGGGCUGACCAACGGCACGGCGGGCACCAUGGACGCGCUCACACAGGCCUACUCAGGGAUCCAGCAGUAUGCAGCCGCAGCCCUGCCCACCCUCUACAGCCAGUCCCUGCUGCAGCAGCAAGGUGCCGCCGGCAGCCAGAAAGAGGGGCCUGAAGGUGCCAACCUGUUCAUCUACCACCUGCCCCAGGAGUUUGGGGACCAGGACAUCCUGCAGAUGUUCAUGCCUUUUGGAAACGUGGUCUCUGCCAAAGUCUUCAUUGACAAACAGACAAACCUGAGCAAGUGCUUCGGCUUCGUCAGCUAUGACAAUCCCGUGUCGGCGCAGGCAGCCAUCCAGGCCAUGAAUGGCUUCCAGAUCGGCAUGAAGAGGCUGAAGGUGCAGCUCAAGCGCUCCAAGAACGACAGCAAACCAUACUGAUCUUAGCACUAGGGCCUAUCUGCUCCCAUGUUACCACUGCUAGGAACCCAUCUCCAUGCCUGUUAGCUCAUCGUUUGCCUAGCAUGUCUCUGUGGCCUGGCGUCCAAAAACCAAAAAAAAUACAAAAAAGUCUCAUCGUCCCGUCAUUGUUUUCUGAUGUCUUUUCUGAGCUCACCUGAUCAUAACCUGGUCUCCGCCUACUGACCUUUUGAACUUAGCUUGACCUUUUUUGGACUUUUUUUGCAUGUGACCUCAUGUUCUAUUUUGGGGAGGUGGGGUGGAUGGGGUACAUUGUGGAUGAAG